CAUUCCUGAAGGUCCGGAACGGACCGCAGCCAUGGAAGCGAUUGCCGAUUUCUCCCACGAGGAGGCCAUCUUCCUGCCUUUCUUCGAGGUGGUGUACGUAUAUGGCCUAAGCGGUGAUAUGGAAUGGCAGCCCUAUUACGCGCCGCGCCUCCGGGGCAACACCAUGCGGUUCACCGAGUGACCUGAACCGUAACCAAAGCUCACCCGCAUAUCGGGA